AUGCUCGCGACUACCCCUUCUGAGAGCCACCUGGGUGUAAUAAUGGCAUAUACGAUAUCAUAUGAUGGGACAAACUCUGGGCUCCAAGUUGGGCAGAACCUUGGUCAUAUCACUACUCAAAUCCACAACGAGGAGUUUCAACAAUGGCAAGACAACCAGAGCAACCGUCUUCUCUGGAUCAGAGGUGAUCCGGGCAAAGGAAAGACAAUGCUCCUCUGCGGUAUCAUCGAGGAGUUAACACGAUCGAUUGGCGACUCCGCGAAUAUCUCGUUCUUUUUUUGCCAAGCCGCCGACGUGCGAAUCAAUAAUAACACGGCUGUUCUCCGUGGAUUAAUAUAUUCGCUUGUCGAGACGCAGCCAUCUCUUCUCUCCCACGUGCAGGGUCAGUAUGACAAGGCGGGAAAAGCAUUGUUCGAGGAUAUAAACGCAUGGAAUGCUCUCUUAAGGAUCUUCACGGAUAUCCUGAAAGACCCGACUUUACAAAGCACAUAUUUGAUUAUCGACGCGCUGGACGAAUGCAUAACAGGCCUACCUUCCCUUCUCGACCUGAUUACUCAGGUAUUGACUGCUUACCCACAGGUAAAGUGGAUUGUCUCGAGCCGUAACUGGCCUGAUAUCGAAGAGCGUCUUGACAAUACUCAAACCGCUCUAAUUUCAUUGGAGAUAAAUGAGGUCUGUGUAUCCGAAGCUGUGAACAAAUUCAUUCAACACAAGGUUCACUAUCUGGCGAAAGUUAAAAAGUAUAGCGAUGAAACUCGUGAUACGAUCUGCCUUCACUUGUCAUCCAAUUCACAAGGCACUUUCCUUUGGGUAGCCUUGGUCUGUCAAGAUCUUGAUAGAACAUCGCGGAGGCACGCUCUUAAGAAGCUGGAGGCGUUUCCUCCUGGACUGAAUGCCUUGUACAGUCGAAUGAUCGAUCAGGUUCGCAACUCGGAAGAUGCCGAGCCCUGCAAGCAAAUAUUGGCUGUCAUGUGCGUAGUGUAUCGGCCUAUCGCGUUUGACGAACUAGCCUCUCUAGUUGAACUACCUAAUGGUCUAUCUGAUGACUCUGAGGCCCUAUUAGAGAUCAUCGCGAUCUGUGGCUCGUUUCUGACUGUGCGCGAAGACACUAUCGUUUUCGUCCAUCAGUCUGCAAAGGAAUUUCUACUCAGAGAGACGCAAAAUGGGGUUUUUGCUAGAGGUAUAGAAGCUGAACACCAUAUGAUUUUCUCUCGCUCUCUGCAAGUCAUGUUCAAGACACUUCGACACGAUAUCUUUCAACUUAAGAUUCCUGGAUUCCCGAUUGAGAAAGUCAUACCACCUAGUCUGAAUCCAUUAGCAGCUGCAAAAUAUGCGAAAAAAAUGAACCAGCCCUUUUACAUCGAGUUCAAGACGCCUCCCGGUUCAUUCGAUACCACAGGCUAG